CAUAGCAAUUCAAAAUGGUGUUGUACAGUUAGGCGACGAAAAACAAAAUUUACAUUUUUCGCAGUUUCAUUAGCUCUUUCUAGGCCUAGUAUAGAUUGCCAUUGAUUUGAAGAGAAGUUGGUGGUGGUUCCUUAACCUAGACAAAUAUUGUGAACUCCAUUAAAUUCAUGAAAGGAAAUGAAACAAGAACCAACUUAAAAAAGCUGUAUAUUUUGUUUAGAGACAUACAUGUAUUGUGCUUGUCAGAUUGUUAUUGUUCAAAAAGAUGCGUAUUAAUGAAUAUACAGUGAUCUAUGGAGAUAAAGUUCUUCUUGUACCUUAUGAGUCACAUCAUGUACCAAAAUACCAUGCAUGGAUGCAGGGGAGAGAACUUCAACGCCUAACAGCAUCAGAACCGCUUACGCUUGAAGAAGAAUAUCAGAUGCAAAAGCACUGGAGGGAAGACAAUGAUAAAUGUACAUUUAUAAUUCUUGAUUUGAAAAAUUAUCAACGUCAUCAGGGAGGAUUAAAAGAUAAAGAAAUUGAUACCAUGAUAGGUGAUGUUAAUCUGUUUUUUAAUGAAGGAGAAAGUCGAGAUAUAGCUGAAGUUGAAAUAAUGAUAGCAGAUGCUGGUUCAAGAGGAAAGGGAUUUGGUAAAGAAGCGUUAAACUCUAUGAUGAGAUACGGUAUGGAAGUUCUACAUGUAAAUAAAUAUAUUGCUAAAAUUGGUUAUAAUAAUCAACCUAGUCUUGGUAUGUUUAAGAAAUUUGGUUUUGAAGAGGUAUCUAGAAGUGAUGUGUUUGAAGAGGUGACACUUGAACUUUAUCUUACAGAUGAAGAUAAAAUGAUGAUAUUAGAAAAUACACCAGUUUAUAGAAUAGAUGUUCAGGGCAGUUAAUACUAUAUAACAUAAUGUUUUUGUGGUUAUAGCAUGUUCUGUCUUCACUCUCUUGUGAUAAUAUAGACAAACUUCUAUCAGUUGUACUUCCUAAUCAUUACACUAGUCACUGUCUCUAUCAUUGAAAGUGUGCUGUUUAAGAUUAAGAGGUCUGUUAAAGAUGUGCUGUACUAUAAUUAAGAUUAUAUCAUAAUAAUGCACAAGCUAGAUUGACAUUACGGAUAUAGAUCUUCAUGAGCCCAGGUUAUUUUUUCUAGGCGAAUAUGUUUAGAAAAACUCAGGUUUCUCUUUUGUAAGUAUAUAUAUGCAAGUAUUUGUAUAUAAUAUUGUAUUGUGUAUAUAACAUGUUCAAUGAAUGAAACCAGAUUAUGUUUAUUGUUAUGAUACAAUAAAGAGAUUAUAGAAACCA